AAAUAAGUAAAAGCUUAUCAGUGAUGCUGAGGUUUGAGAAAGUUUUGCUGGGAAAAGUAUAUAUAGGAUUCCUUAGUUUCAAUGUCAGAGAAUUUUGAGGUUGUGGUAGAAGUUAGUAGCGAUUUAUUUUGUUUUUACUUGUAUAUUUUUCAUGGAAGUACAGAAUUGGGCAGAUCAUGACUGAUCGUACAUUUCAGCACAGUAGGUGGCAGCAUGUACUUUAAACGUUUGUUUGCGGACCGCCAUGAUAUCGAAGAAGAAGAAAGCUGGCCUUACUGAGACACAUUUCUUACCGGAACGUACUGAAUUAAAACAUUUCCUACACGGACUGUUUUGAGUGAUGCACAAUUAUUUAGAUUCCGACUGGUGUCCAACUUGCAGCGACGUCUUCCACAUUGUUUAGUGUCAGAGAAAGAGAGUUAUGAACGACUGGAGUCCAGUGGCAAAAGUCUACGACCCUCUCAAGGCGGGCAGCAUCGAUGGCACAGACGUGGAGCCCCAUGACCGGGCCGUCUGGAGAGCCAUGGUCGCCCGCUACAAACCCAACAAAGCCGUGGUGGGGGACCCGCUCCUCACUCUAUUCGUGGCCCGCUUAAACCCUCAAACAACGGAGGAGAAGCUGAAUGAAGUGUUUUCCAAUUACGGGGAUAUCCGCCGGCUGCGCCUGGUGAGGGACAUAGUGACUGGGUUCUCUAAAGGCUAUGCCUUCGUUGAAUACAAAGAGGAGAGGUCCGUGGUCAGGGCGAGGCGAGACGCCAACAAACUAGUGGUGGACCAAAGUGAGUUGUUUGUGGACUUCGAGCAGGAGAGGACCCUGAAGGGAUGGGUACCUCGUCGGCUGGGCGGAGGGCAGGGGGGCAAGAAGGAGUCUGGUCAGCUGCGGUUUGGUGGGAAGGACAGACCCUUCCGCAAACCCAUCAACCUUCCUGUCACCAUGAACCAGGAAUGGGGUGGUGGUAGCAGAGAGUGUGAGAGAGGAGGAGAGAGGGAGGAGCGCUACAGAGAUGGGUCCCUGAGCCGUGAGAGAGAGACUGAUUGGGGGAGUAAGGGGAGGAGAGAUGACCGAGACAGAGGGAGAGAGAGGGGUGUAGAAAGGGAGUACCACCGAGAGAGGAGGGAUAGGAGUUAUGAGCGGGAGUCGACGAGAGAGCGGGAGUCAACGAGAGAGCGGGUUGACAGGAGAGAGAGGGAUGACAGAAGACACAGGGAUGAUAAGUUCAGACACAGAGACAGGAGAUGAAACUCAGUGGUUCCUCUGACAUCUGAAAGGAUGCAUGGGUGGAGAGUGAGGUGGAGCAAGUAAUACAAAAACGUGUGGACUACAUUGGUCUUUUUUUUCUCACCUGGAUGGUGUGGACAUCUGUAACCUUCUGCUGGCCUGGCUCAGCAGGGUGUUAUUAUCUACCUGUUGUUCUUUAUGCAGUGAAUAAAGUUUGUUUUACAGUCUGA